GAGAGGAGAGGAGGAGAGGGAAAGAGCGAGAACGAGAGACGAAUGAGUAUUUAUGACGCGAGUAUCGCAGGAUGGAUGGACAGACACUUAGAAAAUGAAGAAAAUCGUUGUUUGAAACUAUUUGCUAGAGGGAGAAUAAAAAAAUCUUAAUCAAUUACGGAUUCUUCAAAUGCGCAUCAAGUAGGGAUCUACGCCAAAUGAAGAAUUAACGUAUUUUUCAAUGUAAACUCAAUAUUUCCGAGUGAGAACGGUGCGUAGGCGACGCACGCUGUUAAUGUGAAUGGACUCGGUGUCUCUCUCCUUUUGUUAGCGCUGUUUUCAUCAAAUUAGCGCAGCCCAUACUCCGCUGCAGCCCCCUUGUCGGACGGCCAGCGGACAGCUAAGGACCCGGGUUCUAUUUAGAAGAGAGACCGCUCUCCAGUGGUCGAAAGCCGGACCUCUCACCUCUCAUUCCCCGCUCUAAGAGAGGAUCUUCUCGGUAUGAAAGCUCCAUAAACAGCUAUUUUGUAGGGAACCCAUCCCCGUUUUCAGACUGUGAUUUUUGGGGGACGCGGGCUCGCGUUAGGGGGAGGGAGACCUCGCGUAUCACAAUGGAAUUGGAGUUUGACAAUACGUCCCCGGUGCGUUAAGGAACGCAGCCUUAUUCCGUUACACUACUGUAUUUUACCCUCUCAACUGAAGUCCUUUUUUCUUAUUUUUUAAACUACCAAUUCCGGGAUGCCGCAUUUCGUGGGGUGAAGGUGCCGAACACGAGGGAAAGAAGGAGAGAGAAAGAAGAGAGGGAAGGACGGAGGAGAAAGAGAGAUUCGGAGAGCAUGGCUCUUGCAACGUUGUCUCUCUGUGUGCUAACUCUCACCUGGGCAAACUUGUACCAGGUGUGUGCCAACAGGCACGCGGUGCAUUGGAACAGCUCCAAUAUACAUCUGCGUAGGGAGGGCUACACGGUGCAGGUGAACGUGAAUGACUACCUGGACAUCUACUGUCCCCACUACAAUGACAGCCAGCGCGUGGUGGGCACCGGGGAGCAGUACAUCCUCUACAUGGUCAGCUACCGUGGUUACAGGACCUGUGACCCCCAGCUGGGCUUCAAGAGGUGGGAGUGUAACCGCCCCCACGCACCAAUCAAGUUCUCAGAGAAGUUCCAACGCUACAGCGCCUUCUCCCUGGGCUACGAGUUCCACGUGGGUCAGGAGUAUUACUACAUCUCUACACCCACUCAUCACCACGGUCGCAGCUGCCUCAGACUGAGAGUUUAUGUCUGCUGCUCCACAGUGUCUGAUGUUAAUGUAGAACCAGGACAUCCAGAAACAGGCUACACACUCAGACCAGACAUCAAAAUUCAGGACAUCGAUGAUUUUAACCCUGAGAUUCCUAAACUGGAGAAGAGUGUCAGUGGAAGCAGUCCAUCCAGGGAUCGCCUACUCAUCACCAUAGCGACGCUCCUUCUCGCUGCCAUCACCAUCUCCUAGCAACGGCCAUCCCAUCAGUGUCGCCAUGCCAACCAGCCAUGGGAGGGCUUGGGCAGGAGGGGUGAAGGAUGAGGAGGACUGAGGAUUUGGGGGAAAGGGGACAGGAGAUUAAGGGAACAUGGAAAAUAGGGCGUUAGGAGACCUUCUGAAUGACAUUGGUUGGCAAGGUGUGAAUGUGUGUGUGUGUGUGUGUGUGUGUGUGUGUGUGUGUGUGUGUGUGUGUGUGUGUGUGUGUGUGUGUGUGUGUGUGUGUG